GCGUCGUUGCAUGAGGCCACGGGACUUAGCCAUCUGCACCGAGAAGUGCAGGGAGCUGCUAGCAGCAGGGCUCAUAAGUCCAUCAACAUCAGACUACGCAGCAGCUACAGUGAUAGUUGCAUGCACGGACCUAGCAGGAGAGGUGGUAUCACAUCGUAUGUACUACCGAGGGCUGAAUAAGGUGACGGUAGCAGACAAGUAUCCCACUCCAAUGGCGGACGAGAUCUUCGCCCGGCUGCAUAGCGCUCGAAUCUUCUCGACAUUGGAUCUCAGACAGGGCUUCAACCAGGUUCUGGUAGCUGAGGAGGACAUGCGGAGGUCAGCAUUCCAUGGGGCUGAUGGCCUCUACGAAUGGAACCACGUGCCUCUCGGCCUACGGAAUGCGUCCAUAGUCUUUCAACGCACGAUGGAUGUGGCAUUGAGGGGAGUGGCAGCAGCCGCCUGUUGCAUAGAUGAUGUCAUAGUCUUCCGCGAGAAUGAAGAGGCACACAUGCGGGACGUGGAGCAGAGUGAUAACAGCGCUUUAGGGAGCCACGGUAUUUUCAAAAUUAGAACUGCGGUCCGGAUACUGGCAGAUAAGAAUGGCGGACGAUUCCGUUCACAAAAUGGCCUUCCGAACUCAAUUCGGAUCGUACGAGUAUCUGGUGAUGCCGAUCGGACUCACCAACACACCUUCAACGUUCCAAGUAGAGAUGAAUCACAUCCUACGCCCACUCUUGGACAAAUGCAUGGUAGUGUACCUGGACGACAUUCUCGUCUACUCACACCACAUGCAACAACACGUCAAACACUUACGACACGUCUUCGAGAUAAUCGACGAGAACGCUUCUACGUCAAACUAUCCAAGAGCAACUUCGCCCUCGAGAAAGUCCAAUUCCUCGGACAUAUCGUAAGCGCUCAAGGAGUUCACGUCGACCCCAAGAAAAUCGAAGCCGUGCGUACGUGGAAGACACUCGAGAACGUGAAGGAGUUACAGCAGUUCCUUGGCUUCGCUAACUACUACAACAGGUUCAUGCCGCAAUACGCGAAAAUUGCCGCGCCACUCACGAAUCUGCUGAAGAAGAACACGCCCUAUAAAUGGGAGCCAAAACACCAGGAAGCUAUGGAGCAGCUGAAACAAGCACUCACGUCCGCACCAGUACUCAUCUUGCCAGACCCCGAACGCGCCUACGUCAUCGAAGCUGAGGCCAGCGACCAGGCAGUGGGAGCAGUCUUGAUGCAAGACCAGGGAAUGGCCUGCAACCAAUCGCCUAUCUCAGCAAGAAACUACACGGGGCAGAACUCAACUACCCGAUACACGACAAGGAGGCCCUUGCUAUCAUCAUCGCCUUCAAAACGUAGAGAUGCUAUCUCGAGGGAUGCAAGACAACAGUCUACACGGACCAUUGCAGCCUAAAAUUUUUGAAGACGCAACCAAGCCUCUCC